UAAAUCAAUAUUUAUAUUGUAAUCCUACCACAUAAUCAUAUUUAGAUUUAGAUUUAUAAUAAUUAAUUAAAUAGCCCAUUUCUUGCGGGACUCAAACUCCUCUUCUUACCUACCUUCCGUCAUCACUUUCUUUCUUCCUUACACGCUUCAAGCAACCGUUAUUCUUUCAAGCAUUUUAUCAAACACCUUAAUAGAAAUUGCAAAUCGAUCUCGAUUAGCCCAACCAUGGCUAGGUGGGCAUCGAGUAAUAACCAUAAACUAAGUUAUAGAGGUUUUGAUGAUGAAAAUGAUAUGUUUAUGGGCGUUUUGGUUUCUCCAAAAUCUGGUAAGGAUCUAAUGCAGAAUUGCGAUCUUCCUACGCCAUUGAAGAUGUUUUCUGGGUGUGAUAAGACAGUUAUAUCGCCGAUGACAGUGAAAAGAGAAAAGGAAGAAGAAAGAAGCGAUUUUGAUGUUAAAUGCGGUGGUGAGAAUGAGAAAUUGGAGCUUUUGAAGGCUUUGAGAUUGUCACAGACAAGGGCAAGAGAAGCAGAGGAGAAAGCUGCUAAUCUUGCUAAGGAUAGAGAUUCAAUUACUAAUGUUUUGUUGAAAGAAUCUAUGCAGUUAUUUGCUUAUCGUCAAUGGGUUAGGUUGCUUGAAUUUCAAGUCUUAAAGUUGCAAUCACAAAAAAAGAAAUUGUUAAAUGAGGGCGGCGCCGACGGCGAUGAUGGGGUGUCUUGGUUUAUGGCCUUGGCUUUUUGUUUAGGCAUUGCCGGCGUUGGAUUAGCCUUUGGCUGUCGAUAUUUGUUUUGAGUUUGGGCCUGUUCUGUAUGGGAAAAUUUUCACAUGGACCUUCUGAUAUGACUUAUGAGAUGGGAUUUGCAAACAAGAUAGCUGACAAGGAAAUGGAUUGUUUUUAUAGUUAUAAUACAACAGUUCAGUAACGUUAUUUUUUUUAUAUAAAUAAUUUCAGUAAGUUAUGAAAUCUUAUAGAACCUGUAUUAUAUCAAAAAAUGAAAAUGUAGUUCUUUCUUUUCUUUA